AUGUCUUACGCGCCUCUUGUUGGUCCGAGGACAUUCGACAACUUGGAGGGUAUUCUCUCCGGCGAACGCAACAGUGGUUACAUCCAGAACUAUCUUUCUCUAUGGGAGGCGAAGUUCCAGUCCCAGGUCCUCCCUGUGGAGGAACAGCGCGUCAUCGUGAACAUGUUCAUGCAGGACGACGAGUCGCAGACGCCAUUCUUGGAACCAUCCGCGUUGGCAAUGCCACCUCAAAAGUCGACCAAACCAAAUCAACAUCUCUCUACUGCUGCAGGAAGAUCUUCAAGCAAGAGGGAUCAACUACAAAAUGCGGCCAGCAUCGCACUGGAUGUAAUCGCAAAUGUAGCAGAGGCGUCGGAUAUCCUCGCUCCUCUCACGGCAGCCUGUAGAACAACAAAGUCAAUCAUAGACGUCAAGCAAACCAUCGAUGACAAUCAAGGGGACUGGAACGACCUAGUACGCCGCCUGGAGCAAUAUAUGUGGGCUGUCGAGAGCCAAAUCGACUCCCUGGAAAAGUAUCCUCCUGAGGAUAGGGCUGUCGACGAGGCGUUUAGCCAGCCCCUCAUUCAUUAUGUCGAACUUCUCGAGGAUAUUCAUUGCGCCAUUGUCAAUGAUGCGCAUAACCGACGCCGCACCAGCCGCAAUGCUUUUACAGCCAUCGGAGAUGUGAGGAUCGACGCUGGGAUGAUUGUUAAAUUCAAUCAAGAAAUCGAGGACCGACAUAGGCAAUUCAUGGCCGCUUGUGAUCUGUUCAUUGGACACCGCGUUCAGGUCAUCGAACGGAAUACCAAGGCCACCAAGUCGGACGUCGAUGCAUCUUUCAUAUUCCAACUCCCGAUGGUGGCAUUCGUCCCAUCCUCGGUACACACCACCUGUCUACAAGGCACACGUCAGGCUGUUCUCCAGACAAUCCAGAACUGGGCCGAGGACGAUACUUCGGAUAAGCCAAUAUUCUGGCUUUGCGACAUAGCUGGCUCUGGCAAGUCCACAGUCGCAAUGUCAGUAGCGACGUUGUGCCGCACGGAGAGAACUUUAGGAGGCCAGUUUUUCUUUUCAAUGUCCAGUAACGAUACGUCGACCACCGAAAAGUUCUGUUCGACUAUGGCAAGAGAUCUUGUCCAUCACAUUCCAGAACUCGCACCGCACGUCGCCGAUACUGUGAAGCGAAAUCCUUCGAUCAUGCGAAGCUCACUUGAAGAGCAGUUCCGCACACUCAUCACCGAUCCACUCCGCCAUCGACAGGAGCGUGUAGUUCUCAUUGUCGACGCUAUAGACGAGUGCAAAUCCGGACCUCAGCGAAGGGAGCUUCUCGACACGCUCGCUAAAGCCGUUCAAGAAAGCAGGAACGUCAAGAUCUUCAUUACGAGUCGGCCAGACCCUGUCAUCGAAUCAGUUCUUCAGCCACUCUCGAUCAAAUCUAAACUGGAAGACCGACUCCACGAUAUCAAACAUCGUGACAACGUGGAUGACAUCGCCGCCUAUAUCCACCAAUCACUCUACACCGUUCUGCCCCAGGACAAGAGGCAACGGCUGAUUGAGAAGUCGAGCGGAUUGUUCAUCUGGGCCAGUACUGCGUGUCGGAUGCUCAAUAACGAGGCCACGUUGGAAAGCCACGAGAGGAUAUAUGAUCGCUUAAUCUCGGCGGACCAAACUGGAGAUAUAGAUGAUGUAUACAAACUCAUCUUCGAGCGCAUACCCCCGGAACACAAUGCCAUGCUGUGCAAUAUGCUCGCACUGCUGCUUGCUGCAUUCGAACCCCCUACCGUAGACGAUCUGGACGACAUUCUCCAACACACCGGAAUAGGCGGGAGUGCCAAGGCGUUGGUCCAAAGCCUUGGAAGCGUUCUUAUCGAGGACAAAACAACAAAAACCAUUCAAUUUCGUCAUCCUACUCUAGUCGAGUAUUUGCGACGUCGCUGUAUCGCUCCAAUCCCCGAAAACCCGAACAAAGUCUACAUCGACAUCCACAAUGCACAUGGGCAGCUUUCGUCGUGGUGUUUCAAUAAUCUCGAAUCACGAAAGGAAGGACUCAAGUUCAAUAUAUGUGGGGUUGAGUCGUCAUUCUACCGAAACCGAGAUUUCCUGGAUCUGGAGGCGAGAAUAUCAAAGUCUAUUCGAAGAAACCUUCGAUAUUCCAGUUUACAUUGGCCAUUUCAUAUCGCCCAAGCAGAUAUCGAGUGGAGAAGCAAGCUCGGAAAUAAAAUCGAGCAGAUUAUUCGUGCGCCAUAUGCACUAUAUUGGAUGGAGGUUCUGAGCUUCGUUGGGGGAGUGUCUCGGGCCAUUGACGGCCUUCGGGCCAUGAUACACAAUACAACGGAAGAGGAGGCUAAGUGUCGUAUAACGGACUUAAGGCAGUUUAUGAUGGCAUUUUCAGUACCUAUUCAAGAAAGUGCACCGCAUAUCUACAUUUCGGCGCUUCCAUUCACGCCAACAAGAUCUACACUACAUAUUGAGGGCCUAACGAUGCAUGGAAACACCCUCAAUGUGACCAACGGGCGGGAGGAGAGAUACCGGGGACUUCCAGAAGCGCUUCGAGGACAUACAAAGUCUGUGACGGCGAUCGCAUUCUCACCAGACGGCUUGCGAAUCCUCUCUGGCUCAGAGGAUAAUACAAUUCGACUAUGGGACGCGGAGACUGGUCAGUCAUUAGGCGAGCCACUGCGAGGUCACACAGGCUCGGUCAAUGCCGUCUCAUUCUCACCAGACGGCUCCCAAAUUGCCUCUGGGUCUAACGAUGAGACAAUUAGACUAUGGAAUGCGGAGACUGGCCAGUCGUUGGGAGAACCAUUCCGAGGCCACCAAGGCUCGGUCAAUGCCGUCGCAUUCUCACCAGACGGCUCCAAAAUUGCCUCUGGGUCUAACGAUGACACAAUUCGACUAUGGGAUGCGGAGAUUGGCCAGCCGCUGGGAGAGCCACUUCUAGGCCACACACGGUUGGUCAGCGCCGUCGCAUUCUCACCAGAUGGAUCUCGGAUUGUCUCUGGCUCAUACGAUAGCACAAUUCGACUAUGGGAUGCAGACACCGGCCAGACGUUGGGAGAGCCCCUCUCAGGCCACACAGACUGGGUCACCGCUGUCGCAUUCUCACCAGACAGCUCGCGAAUCGUCUCUGGCUCCUACGACACCGAAAUUCGACUAUGGAACGCGGAGACUGGCCAGCCGUUGGGAGAGCCACUCCGAGGACACACACGCAUGGUCAGCACCGUCGCAUUCUCACGAGCAGGCUCGCAAAUAGUCUCUGGGUCGGAUGAUCACACGAUUCGACUAUGGGAUGUGGAGAGUGGUCAGUCAUUGGGAGAGCCACUACGAGGCCACACGCGCUUGGUCACCUCUGUUGCAUUCUCACCAGACGGGUCGCGACUCGUCUCUGGGUCGAAUGAUCACACGAUCCGACUAUGGAACGCGGAAACUGGCAAAUCGUUGGGACAGUCACUCCACGGCCACACAGACACUGUCACUACCGUUGCAAUCUCGCCAGGAGGCUUGCAAAUGGUCUCUGGGUCGGUGGAUAAGACGAUUCGACUAUGGAAUAGGGAGACUGGAGAGUCAGUGGGAGAGCCGCUCCGAGGCAGUACUCACUCGGUCACAGCGGUCGCAUUCUCACCAGACGGCUCGCAAAUUGUCUCUAGCUGGAAUCAACGCACGAUUCAACUAUGGAACGCGGAGACUGGCCAACCAUCGGGAGACCCACUCCAAGGCCAUACACAUUGGGUCAACACUGUUGCAUUCUCACCAGACGGCUCGCAAAUCGUCUCUGGGUCAUCAGAUAAGACGAUCAGAUUGUGGAGCGUAUCCACUGGCCAGUUGUUGGGCGAACCACUCCAAGGUCACACACAGAGUGUCAAUGCCGUCGCAUUCUCACCAGACGGCUCCCAAAUUGUCUCUGGGUCAAAUGACGAAACGGUUCGGCUAUGGAGUGUGGAGAAUGGCCAGUCUUUAGGAAGUCCUCUCCGAGGCCAUAUAUGGGCGGUUCUCGCGGUCGCAUUCUCACCGGACGGCCUGAGAAUUGUCUCUGGGUCGGGUGAUAACACGAUUCGCCUAUGGAAUGCGGAGACUGGCCAGUCGCUUAGUCACCACGCAUUCUCACCAGACGGCUUGCAAAUUGUCUCUAGUUCGUACGAUAAUACGAUUCGACUCUGGGACGCGGAAACAGGCCAGUCUUUAGGAGAGCCACUACGAGGCCACACAAACUCGGUCAAUGCCGUCGCAUUCUCUCCAGAUGGCCUACAAAUCAUGUCAGGCUCAACCGACUGCACAGUUAGGCUGUGGGACGCAGCAUUUGUUGAGGUAUUCAGUCGGGAUGGUUCCCUGAGCCGCUCAAAUCAGAGUGGCAUCAUCUUCGAUCAAAAUUCCAUGGCUUCACUCAGAGCCAUGCUCUCUGAGCUUCGAAUAUUUCCUCUCUCUGAUGAUGGUUGGGUGCAUCUCUCCGGGAAACUUCUAUUCUGGGUACCACCAAACAAUCGGCUCGCACUAGCGGCCCCGCUACUGCUAACCAUGCCGACGUCCAGCCCUCCCUACCCAACCAAAAUAGAUUUCACUCGUUUCGAGUGUGGCGCCUCUUGGACAAAAGUUCGGGGUGGCGUCAAUCAAUGA